AUGUCGACCUUCGCUCCCCCUGAGGCUCACCAGCAGUUCCAGCACAUUCUCCGUCUCCUUAACACCAACGUUAAGGGCGGUGGCAAGAUCAUGUUCGCCCUCACCGAGAUCAAGGGUGUCGGCAGGCGUUACGCUAACCUCGUGUGCAAGAAGGCCGACAUCGACCUCAACAAGCGCGCCGGUGAGCUCAACUCGGACGAGCUUGAGCGCAUUGUCACCAUCAUGCAGAACCCCGCCCAGUUCAAGAUCCCCACCUGGUUCCUUAACCGUCAGCGUGACCUCAACGACGGCAAGAACUCGCACAUUGUCUCGAACCAGAUCGACCAGAAGAUGCGUGACGACCUUGAGCGCCUCAAGAAGAUCCGCACUCACCGUGGUCUCCGUCACCACUGGGGUCUCCGUGUCCGUGGUCAGCACACCAAGACCACCGGUCGUCGUGUCGGUGCCCGCAACAUCUCCGGCGGCAAGAAGUAA